UGGCUGUCGAUCCACCUCAUCUGUACGCAUCUCGGUUGCUGGUUCACACAUUCCGUGAACGGCAUCGAGUUGGAAGUGCGUUUCGUUAUCUUGCAUCGGAAGUGAUCAAUCACAGUAGUGGUGUGCUGAGUCAGCGUUGGAAAGAAAACUAUCGGUUUCCAUCGUUUUUCCUUCGAGCCUAGCAAAAGCAUUCAUUUCGGGCUGAAAGCAAAAUAUAUGCCCGGCAUGAAAAAAAACAUAUUCGUAACAGCAUCUUUGAGAAACUGGAAUAAAUGUUAAGAACCGUCCAAGUGUAGUCAUCGUCGUCAACUACUGUUGGUAGUUCCACUUAAAGAGACAUUUCCGUCAUAAAUAAACAUCGUCUGGCUGCCGCCACCCAUCAUCAUUCCCGGCAGCUUUAUCGAAAGUGUCCACUUGAGCGCGAGAGGCUUCUACCCAAAAUCCAUCGUCAGCGCUCGCAGUUCGCCGGCUGGCUGUGUUAGCUGCAUUGAGAAGAAUACCGGCAUGUAGCUUCAGGCUCAUUAAUCACUCGUGGAAUUUUGGGGAUUCGUACGAAACCCCUUUUAAUCAGCAAGAUUCAGUUAAGCCUCCUGCUGCCUACCAUCAGUGAGGACACUUCACGGCACUGCGUACGCCGUGAGCACACUUUAGUGAACGGCAGCAGCUACCAUCCAGCCGACCAACAAUGACGUGGUUAACGGUGGAAAAUUAAUUACUGCUCAAAUUUAGUAACGAUCGCCAAAUCUUCCACCACCAGCCCGAACGAUCAAGGGGAAAAUUAAUUCAAUUACACCGUUACGUGAUAGUAUGGAUUGGUAGCCUGGUGAAUCUGUACGCCGCUUUGGUUCCAAGAGUGCGCUGUACAGGUUUUGGCAUGGUUUAGCUUAGAAACUGUGCUUUCCAGAUGAAAUGUCAUUAUCGAUAACUCUUCUCAGUUUGGGUAUCCAUUUUGAAAGAGCGUAUCUAAAAGUUUUUCGUGUAUUUAGAUUUUAUUUUCAUGUGUAACCAUGCACAACAGAAUAUUUUUAUUGAUUGAUGAAGUUAAUACAUGUUUGGUGAAAAUUGUGAUUUUCUUAAAUGCGUUGAAUUUGUGACGCUAUCCGCUAGGGAUUCUCCUCAUGUUUCCUUCUGCAACGGAAAGCACACACAUCGAUCGAUCGCAAAACAUUCGAGCCGCAUGGAAAACUAACAAGAUUCGGCUUUUAGUUGCCUGACACGUGUGGUGUGAAAUAGCGGAAAGUGAAAAGUGUUUCCAACAAAAAAAAAAAAGAAAAGAGAAAGGAAAGCAAAAACGAAAGGAUAAUUGUCUGUUAAGCUAAGACUCGACCAAGCUACACAGUGGCCUCUAAUUAGAAACCGGUUCGAAAUGAAUACCCAUCUACAAGGAUCAUCACCCAGAUCUCCCGCACCGUCACCUGAUCCGGACGUUGACGAGGGUAGUUCUAAAAAGCAGGCAACAAGAGUAUUUAAGAAAAGUUCAUCAAAUGGCAAAAUCACGGUAUAUUUGGGAAAACGUGACUUCGUCGACCACAUUACGCAUGUGGAUCCGAUAGAUGGUGUCGUGCUGAUAGAUCCCGAUUAUGUGAAGGAGAGAAAAGUUUUUGGACACGUACUGGCCGCCUUCCGGUACGGGCGUGAGGAUCUGGACGUGCUGGGACUAACCUUCAGAAAGGACCUUUAUCUUGCAUCGGAACAGAUUUAUCCACCGCUGGAAACGGAUCGACCGCUAACCCGCCUGCAGGAGCGCCUGAUACGGAAGCUGGGCGCGAACGCCUAUCCCUUCUACUUCGAGGUGCCGCCACACUGUCCGGCAUCGGUGUCGCUGCAGCCGGCACCGGGCGAUACCGGCAAACCGUGCGGCGUAGACUACGAGCUCAAGGCCUUCGUCGGCGAGUCGCAGGAGGACAAACCGCACAAACGGAACUCGGUACGGUUAGCGAUAAGGAAAAUCAUGUACGCACCUUCAAAGCUUGGUGAACAGCCGUCGAUCGAGGUUAGCAAAGAGUACAUACUGAAACCAAAUAAAAUUCACCUAGAGGCAAGUCUGGAUAAGGAGCUUUACCACCACGGCGAAAGCUUGUCGGUGAAUGUACAUAUAGCGAAUAAUUCAAGUAAAACAGUUAAAAAAAUCAAAGUGUCGGUUCGGCAGUUUGCGGACAUCUGUCUCUUCUCGACGGCACAGUACAAGUGCACGGUAGCGGAGGUGGAAUCCGAAGACGGAUGUCAGGUUGCUCCCGGAUUCACGCUUUCGAAAGUGUUUACGCUGACGCCAUUGCUGGCCAAUAAUAAAGACAAGUGGGGCCUGGCACUUGACGGGCAGCUGAAGCACGAGGACACCAAUCUGGCCUCGAGCACGCUGUCUCGCACACUGGUGGAUGGAAAAUAUAGAAUUGCUGAUCCUUCACAACGAGAAAACCUGGGCAUUAUAGUGCAGUAUAAAGUGAAGGUUAAACUUUGCAUUACUCCACUCGGCGGAGAUUUAGUCGCAGAGUUGCCAUUCAUACUCAUGCACCCGAAACCGGACGACGACGAACCCGUGAUAGGAGACCGAUCACCAGGUCGAACAGUGAAUAGUGCCGAUCGCAAACAUUCGUACCAGGCCGGUCACGAAAUGGGCUCCAACAGUAAUAAUGGUGACGCAAAUGCCGCCAAAGAGGAUGGUCCCAAUCUAAUCCAACUCGACGGCGACGACAACUGUCCGGAUGAUGAUAUUAUAUUUGAGGAUUUCGCACGGUUACGCUUGAAAGGCGCUGAAACGGAAGCUUAAGGUUAACAUGGCGCGAAAUGUAGUGUUGCGUCGUGUUCCGAACAAAAACAAAAAAACAAAAAACAAGGCUUACCAGCCACCGCACAGUCGACAAAAUACGGCUACAAUAGUCACCCGGCAACAAGCCAUUGGUCACGGCACAAAUGUUGGUUAGCGAAUCUUAGCAGUGCGAUGAAACAAGAAAGCAACAACAACAACAACCGACCAACAGAUUAGUUAAGCUACGCCAAAGUAUCCAUAUAUUUGAUGUUUUCAAACGAUUGUCUAGCUCUUCCUCAAACAAAACUCCCUUAGGACGGUACGGUACAGUGGUGGUCGUCAAGAUAUGCGCACAAAGAAAUAUGUCACUAUGUAUAAUGUGUAAGGACCAAAACGUCUGUAUUGGAUUUCUGAAGCAAGAAAACCGCUACACUAUUCAAAUGGCUAGAUUAAAACAUCUACUGUUUCCAGUUUUUACGCAGCGUCCGCAAUCUCGGCAAACUUCUUCAUCUUCUAUUCUAUCCUCCCAUUUACUUCCAAAUGCCCGUUUGCUUCGUACUGUCGAGAGUAUGCAGUUUCGCGUAUAAAUUACGCGCCCAUGAAUAUUAUCUUCCGGUGAAGUAAGGUGAAACAGUUAGCCGUCAGUGUGUGGGCAAUCAGAAAUCGCAGGUUAUAGAGCAAUUAUAGAGAGUACUUUAACUGCUGCCAUGCUGUUACUACCGAUAGACUUUUUUUUCUUUUUUUUUAAUCAAAUCAAACUACGAAAAAGAAUCGGUUGAAGAAAUUUGCACAAUAACAUUUACGUAAUUUGAAUCAUUUUUUGUUUUUUUUUUCAAAAACUGUACUACAAAUCUUUAACUACAUUCGAGAGUUUCGAUUAUAAUUUUAUUUAAUAACGCUCAUUGGACUAGGGAUGCAUUUCUACUAUUCUGUAUCGUAAUUAUCGUAUAGAUGUAACAUACGAGUGUCACUGAAGAAAGUAAUUUGGACACAACUAAGUCCUCUUUUGCAUUUAUUGUGAAGAAGAAGGAAAAAAACAAUAAAACAUAACGCGACCCGCGUGUUGUAAGAAAAGUAGUGAAAACACAACAACCCGCAAACUGUAAUCGUGCAAAAAUAGUCACUAGCAAUGUUGUGUUUGGAUGUGCUUUUAUUUGAUUCGAAUUGUGUUGUUGUAAAAAAAAAAGGAAAAGCAUGUUUUAGAAUGUUUCUCGAAUGGCAAUAUUGGUGUACCACGCACAAAACACCCCACGGGAGGAACGCGAUGUCAAACGAAUCUGUACAACAGUAUAUGCGCAACAUGAUUGUUUGCUUAUUUUGCUUUAUGUUUUUACUUUUGUGAAUGAUUUCGUGCAACAUUAUUGUCACCGUAUGACUUUAUUUGAUAGGAAUGCAAGCCGAUAUAUCUAGUUCGUUGUAGUGAUAAUCGCACAACACAAAAGAGCAAAUAUUUAUUGGAAACCCCCUGUUAGGUAGAGAACGUUGGAUGUAAGAGAUACUACGAAAUAAACGUAAGCCCCCAUAAUGCACCCAAGUA